GUGUUGGUGGUGGACAGCCAGAGGCGCAGCCUGAUCACCUGUGGCAGCGUCUACCAAGGCAUGUGUGAGACUAGAUGCUUGGCCAACAUCUCCAAGGUGUUCGAAUCCCCCGAGGGAAAGGACAUCCACAACUUUGCGGUUGCCGCCAACACAGAAGAAGCUUCCACGGUGGCAUUUUUGGCGCCUGGUUCUUCCACCAUGAUCGGGACGGUCUUGUAUGUGGCCACUACAUAUACAG